CCACGCUGCACCAGCCCCCAGUUCAGAAUAGCUUUGGCUUUAUGCCCGGUUGGGGGAAGUGUCGGGGUCAGGUGGGGGCGGGGAGUACAGUGAGGAUGACCGGGAUGAGAGCCAUAAAAAGCCAAGGGGGGAGGGUGGGGGGGCGGGGGCAGGGGCUCAGCUGUCCCAACCUAGAAGGAGAAGGAAGUGCCCUGCGGAGAAAGGGUUUGUGCGAGACCCAGGAGAGGGAGAACCUGGCUUUGUGCCCAGUGCUGGGCAAUGCCAAGCCGUGUCUGAUGAACGGAGGAUACAGGCUGGUACCCAGGGAAGCUGACUGCCCUGCGCUAUGAGUGGCCCUCCCCCCUCCCCGGGGCUGGCACCUGCUGAGAGGAGCCAGGCGGCUCAGUGCAGCUCCCGCUGCUCUCAGCAGGGUGACAGCAUCCCUAGCCCGGGGCCCUGGGUUCGGGGCUGGAAGAGAGUCUUAUCAGGUGUGGAGACGACUCUGUCGGGCCUGGAGCAGCUGUGGGCACAGCGCAAGCGCCGGUUCCCCGACCUGGGGCCCUGGGAGCCAGCCCUGCUGCCCUCAGAGAAGUCCCUGACCGAGUGGCCGGUGCCGAAGCUCGUCUCUCUCUUCUUGCCCGAGUUUCCCGUUCGGCCCCCACAGGGGCAGCAGCAGCUGAAGAACUCCCUCUGCCUCCCUUGUGUUCCUCCGCAGGUCCUGGGUUUUGUGGCCAAGGGCUCCUUUGGGACCGUCCUCAAGGUACUGGACUGUGGCCUGGGAGCCUUGCUGGCCGUGAAGGUGGUCCCCAAGGUGGAGGUCCUUCAGCGAGACAGCUUGAGGCAGUGCAAGGAGGAGGUCAGCAUCCAGCGCCAGGUUCGCCACCCAUUUGUGAGUGGCUUGGGAGGCAGCUGGCAGGGACAGCGCCAUCUCUUCACGAUGUACGACUACUACAGCACAGGGGACCUGCACUCUCUCUGGGCCACCGUUGGCUGCUUCUCGGAGGCUUCUGUCAGUCUCUUCGCUGCCGAACUGGCCCUGGGCGUGGGCUAUCUGCAUGACCUGGGCAUCGUGCAUCGGGAUCUAAAGAUGGAGAACAUUUUACUGGAUGAAAGAGGCCACUUGAAGCUCACAGACUUUGGCCUGUCGCGACAUCUCCCCCAGGGGGAGCGAGCCUACACCAUCUGUGGGACGCUUCAGUACAUGGCCCCAGAAGUCCUGAGGGGUGGGCCCUACAACCACGUCGCGGACUGGUGGUCCCUGGGCAUCUUGCUCUUUGCCCUGGCAGCCGGGAAGUUCCCCUUGCAGGCUGAGAAGGAUCAUGUGGCCAUGUUGGCAAGUGUGACGCGCUGUAACUACGAGGUCCCAGCCUCCCUUAGCCAGGGGCUUUCUCUCCUGCUCCGGGAGCUCCUGUGCCACGACCCCUUCCAUCGCCUGCGCCACCUGUAUCACUUCCAGGCUCAUCCCUUCUUUCGGGGCAUGGCCUUUGACCCUGAGCUCCUGCAGAAGCAGCCGGUGGCCUUUGUCCUGGAGGCAAGAGCUGUCCUUCCUGCCCCAGCUGAGGCUGUGCCGUUCCAGGAUUUUGACUGUGAUUUGAUAUCUCUCCCAGCCCAUCCCUGCCCUGCCUGAGUUCCCCUUCCCGCAAGAUGGACUGUAGCUGUCUCAGGAUCUUCACUGCCAGCUCAGGAAGACCUCCUUAAUGCAUCAAGUUGUCUCUGGCCCACAUACUUGUCCCUGGUUCUUUGUAGGAGGUUCCCACCCAUUUUGUAGCUUAAAACACUAUAACUGAACCUGAUCCUGGGGGGAGGGGGAGGGUGUUGUCUUCCCCCCUCCCCCCACAAGGAGAGACCAAAGUCCCAUUUCUGGGCAUCCUGCCACGGGUAUCUCAUUUCACUUUCUUCCCUCCUGUGCCUCCUCAUUCAGCAGAACAGAGCAGGUCUCCUCCCCGUGUGCACUUUUCCACCUCCCCCAGCCUCAGGCUCUUAGCCAGGUUCUCCAGUCCCCUUCUCCCUUAUUUUUACGGCACAUUUCCUUUCUCCAGCAAUACUGAACUCGGUACUGACACAAUCCUCACGGUGCUUGACAAGUUUAGUUAGCCUGUCCUUUUCCAAAGCAAUAAUUGUUUUUUAUAAGAAUACAAAUCAUCCUUGCCCCAACAAUUUACAUUUUGAAUUGUGAUCUAAGGACUCAAGGCCUGAUUAUGCAAUAUAUUAAAUAAAAAAAUAAAAUAAAAUUGAGACUUUUACAGCCUAUUAUGAGGAAGAGGCAGAGCAAUUGAGACCCAGGUAGAUUUGGGUCCCUCCAGGGCUCUAUGUGGGAAAAGCAUAGCGUUAACCAUCCAGUUCUACAGGGAAAGUAAUUUCCUCCCAGGUCUUGAGAACUACCAUGUUGAGUGUAUCCAUGAUCCAUUUCUGCAAAUUUUGCUUUCUAACAGCUGCUAAAGGACACUUGGGGAAAGUGUGCUCCUCCUCCUAAACAGCUGAAGAGGCCAGGGAUGACUCAAAAAAGCAAAAACGGUUCAGUCAGCCAUGACUUUAACCUCUUUGUAAGUCUAUGUUUUUAGCUUUAUAAGCUCUCUUCAGGUAAUGAACUUUGCUUCUUUUAAAUUAAGUUGUUUUUUUUUUUUUUUUUUUAAUACUACAAUCAUCAAGUCUUCUUUCAAGUUCCCACCCUGUGUUUUUUGACCAUCUUACGUCACAUACUUUUAUGUCACAUAUGACAUCUUAUGUCACAUACUUUUAUCUUCUUAAGAUAGAAUUGAAGGCUCCAGGACUUAUAUCUAAAAUAAGAUACUCCCUGAUGGUGAGGGGUUUCCAUAAGAAAAGAGGGGGACCAAGAAGAAAGAACUCAUUAGCCCAUUUGGAGGGAAAUCUGGGUGAGAAUUGGCUAAUGUCUCUAAGGUUCAUGGAAGCGGCUUUCAGCUGUGGCUUUGUACUGGAGGACAGACCGUCUUGGAAUGCUCGGCCUGAAGUUCAGCCAUUACUGCCAGGAAACGUGUACUCAUUGUGUCAUCGGAACUUUCUGGAGAGGGGAGCAAAGACAGCAAUAGGGUUGCUCUCUCAUCAACCCCAGAACCUCAAUUCAAUUCAGCCACAACUAUUAAGUUUUUACUGGGUGUAGAACACAGAGAGAUACAGAGUAUAGUUAAGACAUGGUCCCUACCCUCAGUCUGGUUGUAUGAUAGUCUAGUUUUUAAAAAGGGAUAUGGUUCCUACACAGGCGCUUUUAGUACCUAAAUACAUAAUAGAGACAUAAGCAGGGCUUUUGAGGUCUGAGGAGGGAAAGGUCUAGGAAGGUUUUGUGGAGGACGUGACUUUUGACUUGGAAGGGAAGAAGGGGGAGGAGGAGGCAGGCAUGGAGGCAGAAAGGUUAUAGUGAAUAGUUUAGUUUGGCUCUGGCAUAGAGUAUAUGGGGCCAGUCAUAUGAGCGAAUGUUUGGGGAAAAGGAGGGAGAUAAUCCAUUAAUUU